UGUACUACUAGCUAGUAACCUCAAAGGUUUUUCCCUCGGCUCUCCUGCAGGUUUUGCUGCUGGCUCUGCAGGUUUAGUUGGCUCGUUUUCCACGGUUUGCGCCAGCAUUUUCGUCCAAUUUCAACAAAAAUAACUAUUUUCGACGAAAAAUCCUGUUGCUUGAAUGAAGAAACCACGUCAUCUUGUGCAAAGCUCCCACAGAACAACUUGCACCCCUCGUGCCAACCUCAACAACUCAACAACAAGUCACAGCGACCCAAGGCAAGGAGGAGAGGAUGUUGAAUCCAUGGCGACACCAAGCUGCUCUAGAGGCAUCGAAAAGGCGGAAUCGGGAGAGUACCUAUACGCAGCCUCUUGGCUUGGAGGCAGCUUCCGAUGAUGGGGAUCUAAAGGCUCUGCAAGCCUUUCUGAAACAAUUCUAUCCCAAUUUCUACACUCGCAAAGCAGAGGAAGCCCGACAAGCAAAGCUAGAGGAAUACCCCGAAGUGGCUCUGUUUUAUGAGUCGUUGGUCCCCAAUGUCAUUUCCAAGGAGGAAUUUUGGCAAAGAUUGGAUUAUCGCUGCGAGGAAUCGAGAAUCAUGGCGGAAUGGGACAGACAUCCUCAGCGAGGACGCAAAGUCCUGGGCGAUGCCAUGUCGUCUUGGUUUGACAGUCAAGUACAAAGUGUCAAGAGUUUAGUGAAUGGGCAGCCACAAUCAACGAAAGCAGUUCGAACGGCUCGGUCUGCCAAUGACAAUGAAACCAAGAAAGAAGAAUAUGAGCAAAAGCAAAAACAACCGUAUGUGCCCCCUCACAAGCGCAAAAAGGAUACUACAACAAAAUCCAAGACGCAGGCGUAUGUGCCUCCCCAUCGACGUGGUCAGUCUGGUGGCAAAUCAGCAGCUCCUCCCGUAUCCUUAAAAGGCAGAGCGGGAAGUCAAGGCCAAGCGACGAGUAAUAAUCCCACGCAAGCGUCCAGUCCACGCACCACAGAGGCAACGAAUGUCCAGUCAGAUAUGCAACCGAUCACAGACAAUGCAGCGACACCGGACUCCGCAACAGCUCACGACAGCAAGCACAAGAGAGCCGCCCUUGUCGUGUUGUUGUUUGCCGUAUUAGUUCUUCCGUUCCUCCCGCGACUAGUCGGAAUGGAAUUGAGCAUGUGCCAAUCUUCUUCUUCGUUGCAAAUGGACAGGUCGUGGGGGCAGUUCUUGUUCUGCCCAAAAGUCGUGAGUACAGGCUUGGAACCAAUUUCGUUCGGCGUCGCAAACGAAAAGAGCCACCACCACAAGCCUAACAAGCGCAACAAGAAGAAAGCGAACAGGGGCGACGACGACAAGUCGGCAGGAAUCGGCACCUACAAUGACAAUCACUACGGUGGUCAAGAGACGGGUGGCCUUGUGGAAUCGCUCAUCUCCUCGUGGAUGCAAAACACUGAUAUAGGUCAAUUCGCUGCACAGACGACAGAUCUAGCUCAAGCCGAGAUCAGUGCUGCACAACCAAACAAGGGCGGUUUGGCGGGGUUCUUUCAACGGCGUUUUGGAGGAAAGCAGAACCAUGCCCCUCAAAUGGUCGUCCAUCAGCACAUUCAUCACGUGGUGCAUCAUGUAGUGCAUGAAGUUCGGCAAUCCUGAGGGACACUGUGGUUUGUAGAUUACUUUUGGAAAAGUUGUCUUUUUAUUUUUAUUUUUAAAGGCGUGCGAGGUCUCUCUUACUGUGCUGCUUUCAUAUGCCUUGCCUGUUGCCUGCUAGCUACCGGUAGUUUGUGGUCCGAACUGCUUCAUAGUCAGUCCUACCGUAGUGACUGCGCCCAAGGCCGAUUGAUCAUUCCGCACAGUGGAAGUUGACACGUCUUGCUUGCUAAUCCCGGACCCUCAUUCGUGAUUGAAAGAUUCUGUUGAAUCCCAAGUGCCUCCAAAGA